UCCCGAUCGACUGUCACAUUGGGUGAUAAGACAGUUGAUUAUCACCCCGAAUUUCGUCUGUACCUAUGCACGCGUCAAAUGCCCAGCACGAUUGGAGCUGUUCGGCCAGCGUGUGCAGCCUCGUUGUUGACAGUUGUGAAUUUUGUGAUCACUCGAGCUGGUCUGGUCGGUCAGUUGCUUGCUGCCAGUUUACAGAAAGAGAGACCGGAGUUGGAACAACGAAGACAACAAUUGGUGCGAGCCGAAGAUGGCAUGAAGUUGGAAUUGGCUCAACUAGAAGACAAUUUGCUCGAGGCAAGUCGCUCUCUCCGAAAUGAUUUUUUCCCAUCAAGCUCAAGGACAAAACAAUCGAGCCUGACCAUUGCAGAUUCACUGGCCGAAUCCGCUCGUUUGCAGUCUGAGUUGGACAAGGAGCGGAAUGUAUUCUACCCAUUAGCGGAGGCUGGGAGUCGGGUUUAUUUUGCACUGACGGACAUUGUGAAGAUCAACUGGAUGUAUCAGUUCAGUCUGAAGAGUUUUCUGUACUUGUUCCAACGAGCCAUGGAAGCUCCACAUGAAUGGGCGUUCUUCACGGGAUUGAGUGUGGCAGAGCCUACCCUUGAUACUUCUACUCCUCAGUGGCUAGAUCCAGAACGUGUCCGCGAUGUGAUGCGGUUAAAGACCGCCUUGCCGCAGCUGUAUACGACAUUGCGUUUGGAUGACGCUCGUGUCUGGAGUAAUUGGAUCAGUCAGAACGAAGUGGAGCUGUCCGCAGCCCCAACCGCUCUGUACCAAUCACAACAACAAGGUCUGCUUACACCGUUUCAUCUGAGCGUGCUAGUCGUUCAGGCCUUACGCCCGGAUCGGCUUCACACUGCGUUGAAUNCACUCCAAUCAGCCAUGACAUCAAAAUGA